AUGGAUCAUAAAUAUCCCUACCGCUCUGACACCAUGAACAAAUCAUGUUUAAAUAUUUCUCAACAAUUCAAUUUAUGUGUGGAUACUAAUAAGUUCCUUUUGAAAUUAUUAAAACAGGUAUUUAGGAAUGGUAUACUGCCCCUAGUCUUUUUGUUGGUUAUGUUCUUAUCUAAUCAGCUUACUGCAUCAACCUGGAAUCUUGGUGGGCAAGUUGUAUUGCACGAUUUCCUUGGGCUUGAUAUACCGGGUUGGCUUCAUCGGGCAACAAUCAGAAUUGUAGCAAUGGUUCCAGCUCUUUAUUGUGUGUGGACUUCUGGACCUGAGGGUGUAUACCAGAUGUUUAUCUUUGCGCAGGUUAUGGUAGCCCUUUUGUUGCCGUCUUCGGUAAUCCCCUUGUUUCGAGUUGCCUCAUCAAGACCGAUUAUGGGUGUCUAUAAGGUUUCUCCAAUUGUGGAGUUCCUAACACUGGUAACAUUCAUGGGAAUGUUGGGUUUGAAGAUGAUUUUUAUUGUAGAAAUGAUAUUCGGGAGUAGCGAUUGGGCUAGUAAUUUGAGAUUGAAUGCUGGGAUUAGCAUGUCUGUUUCUUUUGUUGUUCUUCUGGCCGCUGCUUGUGCGUCGUUUUCUUUGAUGUUAUGGUUAGCAGCUACUCCCUUAAAAUCUGCCAGUUCCAAAAGUAAAUCUCAUGCAUUGAAAUGGGAUUUGAGCAGAACUGCUUCUGAGAUGGCUAUAGAGAGAGAGGAAAAUGAAAGUACAACUAGAUAUCAUCAUGGAGAGGAACCUCCUCAUAUGCUAGAAAGGUCAGCAUCAGCAGAAAAAUCCAUUGAAACUCGUUCAAAUUUAUCUUUUCCACAUUAUAAUCUGAGUUUGCCUGAGGAAAAUGAGUUAAGUAAAACUAGAUAUUGUGGAGAGGAACCUGCUCAUAUGCUGGAAAGAUCAGCAACACCAGAAAAGUCCAUUGAAACUCGUUCAGAGUUAUCUUUUCCACAUUAUAAUCUGGAUUUGCCUGAAACAAUUAUGGAGUCUGAACAGGAAAUACAUUUGACCACUGUUAACGAGAACUCUUCUAAUGGUGUGUUUACUAACCCCACGAGCUGUAACUCUGAGGAACCAGCAUCCAUAACUGAGUCUGCUUCCAUUCUAGUCAAUGAGGUGGCAGAUGAAAUACCGGGUACGGAGACUUCGAUGUUUGAAUCAAUGAAGCCUAUUGAGAAAACAGUGAGUAUAGAGGGAGAUCUGCAGAUUGAAAAAGAUGAUGGAGAUUCUUGGGAGCCUGAAGAGCCAUCCAAACCUCCUUCUGGAAGUAUUACCUCUUUGACACCAGAUGGCCCUCCUUCAUUUAGAAGCCUCAGUGGGAAAAGUGAUGAUGGUGGAAAUGGAAGGGGAAGUCUAUCCAGAUUAGCUGGACUAGGUCGUGCUGCAAGGCGUCAAUUAGCUGCCGUUCUUGAUGAAUUUUGGGGCCAAUUUUACGAUUAUUAUGGGCGACCUACCCAAGAAGCCAAGGUGAAGAAAUUAGAUGUGUUAUUAGGUGUUGACUCAAAACCAUUAAAAGUGGAUAUUGCUGGGGAUCUCCCUUCGGUAGGAUGCAGAGGAUCUGAUACACUUAAUAGUUCAAGUCUGUACGACUCUCCAAAGCAGCUGAAAAUGCAAAACGGUGUUGAUUUAUCAUAUGGGUAUUUGAGAGGAUCAUCGUUAUGGUCAAACCACACACAAAUGUUAGAUGCUUAUGUUCAAAAUUGUAGCCAUAAUGUUGAUUCUGGUGAAAGGAGAUACUUUAGUUUGCGUGCUGCACCAUCUGCUGAUGCAUGGGAUUAUCAACCAGCUACAGUGCAUGGAUAUCAGAUUGCAUCUUAUCUUAAUCGAAUUGGUAAGGACAGAAGCUUGGAUUGCUUGAAUGAUCAGAUGGAAUUACCUGCAUCAGAACCUCCUGCCAUAGACCCUACAGAUUAUAGAGGCUCUGUUGCUUUUGCAUCAAGGCAAAAAUCACAGAACGGGGUAGCUCCUGCACAGCCCCCUGGAUUUGAGAAUGUCGUGGUUUCUAGAAGUAGUGCAUUACAAUCCGAAAGGACUUAUAAUGACAUGAGCUUCUCCGGAAUAAAUGAUAAUUCUGGUAUAUCAGUCAAUACAAAGAAGUAUCAUAGCUUACCAGACAUAUCUGGGCUUUCUGUUCCUCAUCGGGUGUCUGCGAAGAGUGGUCAGUGGGACAGUUUCAUUGGAUAUGGGUCACCCAUUGGUCAGACAAACUAUGGAUCACCCAUGUAUUCAACUGCUGGAUCAAGGGCAGGAGUUCCAUUUUCCUUUGAUGAGCCUUCUCAUUUAAAGGGUUACAAAGGCUCUUUGCCUUUACCGUUGAGCUCAGGUUCAGGCACUGGAUCCCUUUGGUCUAGACAGCCUUUUGAGCAGUUUGGUGUAGCUGACAAAAGCAGCACUGCUGGGAAUGAAGCACUUGGAAGUGGGUUGAACUCUGCGACUCUGGAUACUGCUUUUGGAGUGGAUUUAGAGUCCAAACUUCUUCAAUCUUUCCGCCACUGUAUAGUAAGGCUCUUGAAAUUAGAUGGGUCUGAUUGGUUGUUUAGACAAAAUGAUGGAGCUGAUGAGGACUUAAUUGAUAGUGUAGCAGCAAGGGAGAGGUUUCUUUAUGAUGCAGAAGCUAGAGAGAUGAACCAGGUUGUUAACACACGUGAUUCUCAAUACUUGUUAAUUUCAUCAGUACCUCAUUGUGGGGAGGGCUGUAUAUGGAAAGCGGAUUUGAUAAUAAGCUUUGGAGUGUGGUGCAUUCACCGUAUCCUUGAUCUUUCUCUGAUGGAAAGCCGACCAGAGCUAUGGGGAAAAUAUACUUAUGUGCUUAAUCGGCUCCAGGGUGUGAUAGAUCUUGCAUUUUCAAAGCCUCGAACCCCAAUGACGCCUUGCUUCUGCGUACAAAUCCCCCAGGAAUAUCAGCAGAGGUUAAAUCCGGCUGUUUCAAAUGGAAUGUUGCCUCCGGCUGCAAAACCAGGAAAGGGUAAGUGUACAAAUGCUGUGACGCUGUUGGAUAUAAUUAAGGAUGUCGAGAUAGCUAUAUCAUGCCGGAAGGGUCGAACGGGGACUGCUGCCGGUGAUGUAGCUUUCCCAAAGGGAAAAGAGAACUUGGCAUCUGUGCUUAAGCGCUACAAGCGUCGAUUGUCCAACAAACCAUCCAGCAAUGUUACAACAUCAGCUCCGAUGCUGGCUUCUUACAGUUGAUAGUUUUUACUCCAGUUUCUCUUCUCACAGGACUUUCAAAACCAACUUCUUCUUCUCGUGUAUUAAAAGCCAUUGCUGCACUAUAUGUGAUAUUAUAUACGUAGGGUAAAAAGUUUGAGA